UGCGUUCGGGAAAGACCCGGAGAAGCUGUAGGCGCCCCCGGAAUGGGCCUGGAGACUGCUACGCAUGCUCGCUCGGUGACCCGGGACUGAGGUGACUGCCCGAACGGAAGCUGGGAGCCGCUUGCGUUGAAGCUGAGAACACGCCACGGCUCUGUGUCACCGCUGCCGUCGUUUGGCCAGGGCCAGGUUUGAACCUGCCACCCUCAGUAUAUGGAGCUGGCGUCCUACCCACUGAGCUACAGGCGCUGCGGAAGACAGAAUCUUUGAAGGAUUGAUUAAGGACAGAGAGCCCCUGAAGCCCUGGGUUGCCAGGGAAGAGGAGAAAUCCAUCUGCCAGGGGCUGAAUGUGGCCUGAGGGACAGGCCAUCAGUCCUGGAAUGCCCCUGCCUGAGGCCAGUGAGCAGGAGGCUGAGAGCAUGAAGGCCAGUCAAGAGCCGUCCCCUCAGCCGGGCACAGAUGUCAUCCCAGCAGCCCCCAGGAAGCCCAGGAAGUUCUCCAAACUGGUCCUGCUGACAGCCUCCAAAGACAGCGCCAAAGUGGCAGGGGCCAAACGCAAAGGCGUGCACUGCAUCAUGUCCCUGGGAGUGCCUGGCCCAGCCACCCUUGCCAAGGCCCUCCUCAAGACCCAUCCCGAGGCCCAGCGGGCCAUUGAGGCAGCCCCCCAGGAGCCUGAGCAGAAACGCAGCAAGCUGGACCAGGAUGCUGAUGCUGAGGGAAUGGAAGCUGGCAGGUUGCCAGGGGGCCCUCCCUCGGAGCCAGGAGAGGAGACCGCUGCCAAUUCCAUGGCAUCCAGCACAUCCCCGGAACCUUGACAACACAGGGCAUCUACCCUCACUGGUCAGCCACCUGGGCUGAAGGCCCUACUCUGACGAUAGAGCUUCUUGAGCCCUGUCCUCAACAGAUUUUCACUUUCAACAUCAUUUUUUUUUUUUUUUUUAGAUCAAGCAUAAAUUACUUUUGUAAGCAGGAAAAAAAAUCAAAACAGAAUAAAAGAAGCUGUAUGCUAGAUCCUGUCAUGGACAGGUUUUAAAUUGCAGGAUUCUGGAUCCUGUGAGGCCCAUAAUUGCCCCAACCAUUCCUAGGCCCCCCCUUCCCAACCUUCUGGCUUGGGCCAUCUUUCAAACUCUCCCGGGACUUCUGACCCUCAGGUCUCAACUGGGUCCCUCAACCUGGGCAUCAGCCACAGGUCUGGGCACUAGCUGGGGUCCCUGAGGCCUCCCCUUCCAGCUGCCCUUAGACUGAAAUGGGUAGUGGCACCUCCGUGCUGGGCCCCUGGGAAGCCAGACUCCUUUCACUCCAGGAGUCUGACCACAGGAGGCCUCAGGCCCUCCUGCUAGGCCUGAGUGACCCUCCAUCACUGGUUACUACUGUUCCCUGGCCCAAGUUCCACCUCCAAGAAGCCUCCCAGACGGAUGGUUCCUGAGGAAGAACUAGGCCUGACAAAAGUGCAGGGUCACCUGUCCCACAGGUUCAUUCCAGGCAGUUUGGGGACUGAGGGAACUUGAGUGCCCACCCCCAUCCUCCUGAGUGCUACCCCUGCCCAAGGAGGAGAGAAGGAACACAGAUUCCCCUUCCCUGCACUCCUGGAGCAGGCAGCUCUCUGGUCACUUCCCAACAUGGCCCUCAUUUGAAAUCUGCUUCCAGGAACAAGGAAUUAUGUUUUAAAACUAGGGCCUGCAGUGCAGUGCCCAUAGCUCAGUGGGCAGGGGGCCGGCCACAUGUACCAGGGCUGGUGGGUUCAAACUCAGCCUGGGCCUGCUAAAAAAAAAAAAAAAAUAGUCGGGCACUGUGGCAGACACCUGUAGUCCCAGCUACUUGGUAGGCUGAAGCAAGAGAAUCACCUGAGCCCAAGAGUGAGGUUGCUGUGAGGCACUCCACUGAGGGUGACAUAAUGAGACUCUGUCUCAAAAAAUAAGUAGGGCCUGCAUUUUUCUUUUUUUGGAGACCAAGUCUCUCUCUUUGCUGCCCUUGGUAGAGUGCUGUGCCAUCAUAGCUCACAGCAACCUCAAACUCUUAGGCUCAAGAGAUCCUCCUCUCAGCCUCCUGAGUAACUGGGACUACAGGCUCCUACCACAACACCCGGCUAUUUUUACAGACGAGGUCUGGCUCUGGCUCAGGCUGAUCUGGAACCUGUGAGCAGAGGCAAUCCACUCACCUUGGCCCCACUAGGAUUACAGGCGUGAGCCACGGAGCCCAGCCGUGUACUUCUUGUUUUCAGAAAAUUGGGGUGAUAUCAUACAUGUUUUUUGUUAGUGUACCACAGAUGUCUUCCCAUCACAUCAAGGCUCCUCAGUACCCCCUUACUGAUUGCAUAUGUCACUGCAAGGAUGGAGAUAAUAUACCCACCAAUGCCAAUUACUGGACACAUCCCGGUUGUUUCUGGUUUGUAACAAUCCUAUAAAUAGCCUUGUAUUUUCCUAGAAGUGAUAUUGCUGUUCACAGGAUGAAGCAACUUACAUUCCACCCACAGCCUGUGAGGGCCGAGCUCUCCCGCAUCUUUGUCAACACCCAGUUCAUUUUGCUGCCCAUCUCCCCAAGCCAUCUCCUUUUUUUUUCUUUGUUGGUAUUAUCAUUAAGAAGAAAAUAACGAUAACGC